GGUUUUGUUAAAGACGUCCAUGAAGAUUCAGUCACGAUCUCCUUCGAAAACAACUGGCAGCCGGAAAGGCAGAUCCCCUUCGGCGACGUGCGGCUCCCCCCGCCUGCGGACUAUAGCAAGGAGAUUUCGGAAGGCGACGAGGUGGAGGUGUAUUCCCGAGCCAAUGAGCAUGAACCCUGUGGCUGGUGGCUGGCCCGCGUCCGUAUGAUGAAAGGCGACUUCUAUGUCAUCGAGUACGCUGCCUGCGAUGCCAUUUAUAACGAAAUCGUCACGCUGGAACGGCUGCGGCCCGUGAACCCCUGCAAAGUGGCCACCAAGUGCAGUUUUUUCAAACACACCAUUGUGGUCCCCGAGGAUCUCAAGGAGGCCUGCUCAAACGAAAAUGUGCACAAAGAGUUCAAGAAAGCAGUGGGUGCAAACUGCAUCUUCCUCAGUUCCACUAGCAGCGAACUCAUCAUCUUGUCCACAAAUGAAUCCACUGUGAAGAGGGCGUCUCUCCUGGGAGACAUGCAUCUGCGCAGCAUCCGGACCAAGUUGAUGCUGAUGUCUCGGAACGAGGAAGCCAACAAACACUUGGAGACGAGCAAGCAGCUGGCCUCGGCCUUCCAGGAGGAGUUCACCGUGCGCGAGGACCUGAUGGGCCUGGCCAUCGGCACCCACGGGGCCAACAUCCAGCAGGCCCGCAAAGUGGUGGGCGUGACGGCCAUCGAGCUGGAUGAGGAGACCUGCACCUUCCGCAUUUACGGGGAGACCCCGGAAGCCUGUAAGCAGGCCCGAAGCUUCCUGGAAUUCUCAGAAGACUCUGUUCAAGUCCCCCGGAACCUGGUUGGGAAGGUGAUUGGCAAGAACGGGAAGGUCAUCCAGGAGAUUGUGGACAAGUCUGGUGUCGUUCGGGUGCGUGUGGAAGGCGACAACGACAAGAGGAACCCGAGGGAAGAGGGGAUGGUUCCCUUCAUCUUUGUGGGGACGCGGGAAAGUAUCAGCAACGCUCAGGCCCUGUUGGAGUACCAUCUCUCCUACCUCCAGGAGGUGGAGCAGCUGCGGCUGGAACGCCUCCAGAUCGACGAGCAGCUGCGCCAGAUCGGCCUGGGCUUCCGGCCCCCCUCCAGCCGGAUGGAGAAGGACCGGGGCGGCUACACCACCGACGAGAGCACCUCCUCCUCCUCCCUGCACGGCACGCGGACCUACGGGGGAAGCUACGGGGGCCGCGGCCGGGGGCGCAGGGGCCCCAACUCCGGCUAUGCUACCAACUCAGACGUGUCCGUGGCCUCGGAGACCGAAUCCGAAAAGAGAGACGAGUACGAGGCCNGCCCCGCUCCGGCUCCUCGUGGGAGCAGCGGUAGCAAGUACAGCAGUUCCUCCAUCAGUUCAGUCUUGAAAGACCCAGACAGCAACCCCUACAGCCUGCUGGACAACACGGAGACAGACCAGACCGCCGACACAGAUGCCAGCGAGUCACAGCCAGUCAGUAACCGCCGGCGCCGCUCCCGCCGGCGCCGCACCGAUGAGGAUGCCACCAUGAUGGACGGGGCCCUCGAGUCGGACAGCGUGUCCGUCAAUGAGAAUGGUGUGGAGGAGGAGUCCAAGCCUCAGAGAAGGAACCGGAGCAGGCGCCGGCGCAACCGUGGCAACCGCGUGGACGGCUCGAUCAGCCGAGACCGCCAGCCAGUCACCGUGGCAGAUUUCAUCUCCCGGGCAGAGUCCCAGAGCCGGCAGGGACCCCCACGCAAAGAGAGCCGGGAGAAGUCAGCCGAGGACGACACGCCGAAGCAGAAGGGCGAGAACAACGGCAAGGUGGUCAACGGCCCUUCGGAGAACGGCGAGCACGCGGGGGCCGGCGGGGAAGAGGUGGCGGCCAUGGUGAACGGGGUGUCCUAAACCACCACCAACGGCCCUCCGGUGCGCCGCUGCCGAGCCCGCCUCUCGACGCAACAAUCCUUACUUUUCACCUGCUUGCAACCUCUUAUGAGAAACGAAAUAAACACCACACCAAUCUCUUG